UUGGAAGUGAGAAAUUGAUUGCUGCCUUAAUGAAGACAGUGACUGGAAACAUGGAAGAUGAAGUUAUUCGUGUGGAAGACGAAUAUUUGGUGGAUAGAAGAAGAAUCCGAAUUUUGGAAGAAUGUUCUCAUAUCAUUGGGGUGAAUGGAGUGGCUCGUUAUAAUAGAGAGACGUUCAGGCAACUUUUAUUAGAUCAAACGUUGUUGGGAAAAUUAUUCUCGCUUUUCGACCGGAAUCAGGAUAUGUUAUUGACCCAAGAUGAAUGGAUCGAAUUUCUGAAAGGAAGAUUUACGAAUGAAAAGCACAUUGAUUUCAUUAGCCACAUAGAAAGCGUUGCGUUUAGCUUAUGCGAUGACAAUCCGAUAAGCCUAAUGAAAUUUCAACAAAUAUUCUCAACUAAAGAGAUCGUUGAUAAAUUGUACCGACUAAUUGAUGAAGAAAAUGUAGGAUACGUGACAUCCUCUCAGAUAAUGGAAUUUAUUUCCAGCAUCAGCGAUGCAAGGCCACGAGCUGGUUUCGAUAAGCAAAGUUUAGAAUGGCUGGAAAAGAUUUUCAAACAGACAGUGGGCAAUGAGAAAGAAAUAAGGCGCGAAGAAUUUAACAAAAUCGUCACUUCGAAGAACCCAUUCUUCACUGACAGAGUGUUCCAAAUAUUCGACAAGGACAAUUCCGGAACCAUAUCCUUACAGGAAUUUCUCGACGCGAUGAAUCAAUUUGCGGGAAAGAGUCCUGAUGACAAAAUCAAAUUCCUUUUCAAAGUUUAUGAUAUUGAUGGUGAUGGAUUAAUACAACUUCGUGAACUGGAACACGUAAUGAGAGCAUGUAUGGAAGAGAAUGGAAUUCAAUUCAGCGAAGAACAAAUUGAAGAAUUAACUAUAGCAUUAUUUGAAGAUGCUGAUCAAGCUAACAGAGGAGCCAUCACGUUUGAAGCUCUGAAAAAUCAAUUAGAAAAACAUAAAGGCUUGUUAGAAAAUCUAUCCAUCAGUAUCGACCGAUGGUUAGUGCCACCGAAACCAAAAUCGAAGAAGAAGACAGGCUUGGAGUUAUUUGCAUCGUUACGACCGUAUCAAUUAACAAAACCGUAUAUGAAGAAUAAUUACGUCUAUAUUGCAUUUAUUUCAAUCUUCAUUUCCAUCAAUAUAGCUUUAUUCGCGUCGAGACUUUACCAAUAUCGACGAUCCAAUGGGUAUAUCAUGUUUGCUCGAGCCUGUGGACAGUGUUUAAAUUUCAACUGCAGCUUCAUCUUGGUUCUCAUGUUACGACAAUGCAUUACCUUCUUAAGAACCCAUGGAUUCAAUUCUGUACUGCCUUUGGAUCAACAUAUUUAUCUUCAUAAGAUGACUGGAGUUCUAAUCGGUGUUUUCAGCGCAGUACACACUUUGAUGCAUCUUCUGAAUUUUGGUACGGUAGUGAUACACGAUGAUAUUCUUAAUCAUGAUAAUUAUACCAUGUCCGAAUGGUUGUUGACUGAUCAUCCAGGCAUGUUCGGUCUGGUGAAUGGCUAUGCAAAUCCAACUGGAGUAAUUCUCGUUUUUAUUCUUGCCAUAAUGACGAUAUGCUCGAUGAGAUUCGUUCGUCGAGGAGGAUGUUUCGAGAUAUUUUACUGGUCACACCUGCUGUAUAUACCAUUCUGGGUGUUGCUGAUAUUACACGGACCAAAUUUCUGGAAAUGGUUCGUGGGACCAGGUACCAUAUACCUUUUGGAAAGAACCCAAAGAAUUGCCUGGUCGCGUUCUGAACUUGGAAAAACAUACAUAAGCUCAGGUCUUUUGCUACCGUCGAAAGUGACCCAUCUGGUAAUUAAAAGACCUCCUCAUUUCGACUUUCAUCCGGGUGAUUACGUGUUUGUAAAUAUCCCUGUGAUAGCUCGUUACGAAUGGCAUCCUUUCACCAUCAGCAGUGCUCCAGAACAUGCAGAUUACAUAUGGCUUCAUAUUCGAGCAGUAGGAGAAUGGACCAACAGUCUCUACUCAUAUUUUGAGAGAGAACAAAUAAAACUUCAACGAGAGAACAUGUUUCCAAUCGAAGGAUGUAGUAAUUCUAAUAGCUCUGAUAAGGUAUUUUUCAGCGAAAAACAAAGUCUGAGCUCGAAUAAAAAAGUGGUUUCAGCUAACUCGUUAACAGGAAAUCGUCGCUGUUUCGACAAUCCUAUCUUUGCUUCAGACAAUGAGAAGAUAAUCCAAUCACCACACUCAGCAAUUGGUGCCACAGAUAUAGAGAAACGUUCAGGAGAACCGAGGCUUCAUCGUUUAAUAGUCGGUUCCAAAUUACCUUUAGAAAAGUCCGUCUCGGUACCAAACAUGCAAACAGGAAGCAUGAAGAAGGAAAGAUUGAUAGCACUUCGUGAUUAUAUGAGAUCCGAAUCAGAAAGAAGCUUCGACGAACGUCAAAUACGAUAUGCCCGUAUGAAAUCUUCGGAUCAAGCUUAUUCCAGUCCACAGAACAAAGGGUUGGCGCGAAGCUUUCGAUACAUGAGAACCAAGCCCACGAUAAUUGCUUUCAAAACUCCGAGUUUGGAAAAUUACGAUUAUGAAGUGGGAACACCUGCGGAUAAAAAUGCUGUGUCACAAACAAGUACAAACGAAUGCAAUAGAUUGUCAUCCAAUAUAAUCGCUAUGCAAGUGGCAGCAGAGGAAGGGAAAUUUCGCACAAAGUUUGAAGAAUUCUCAAAAAGAAACACGAAUGAUAGCUCUUCCGAGGUAGACUCUAAUUAUGCCAUAGGAAAACCAUUGGAGAUUUUCUUGGAUGGUCCAUAUGGAGCACCCUCCAGCCACAUAUUCCAAGCGCAACACGCGGUUUUAAUUGCAACAGGAAUCGGAGUGACGCCUUUUGCAUCUAUAUUGCAAUCCAUUAUGCAUCGUUACUGGAAAGCCAGGCACAGUUGUCCAAAAUGCAAAUUUUCUUGGGCCAGUGAAAUCCCUCCUACUGUGAUGCAUCUUCGAAAGGUGGACUUUUUCUGGAUCAAUAGAGAUCAGAGAUCGUUCGAAUGGUUUGUGAACUUACUAUCUCAAUUGGAAAUGGAGCAAGCUGAACUUGGCGAUACCAUGGAACGUUUCCUAGAGAUGCACAUGUACAUCACCAGUGCUCUUCAAAAACAUGAUAUGAAAGCAGUCAGUUUGCAACUAGCUAUGGACUUGGUUCAUCAAAUGGAAAAACGAGAUCUUAUAACAGGCUUGAAAACAAGAACAAACGCUGGACGACCAAAUUGGGAUAAGGUGUUCAAACAGCUCCAAGACAGGAAAAGAGGGAAGGUGACGGUGUUCUAUUGUGGUCCACCGCAACUAGCAAAAAUUUUACGUUACAAAUGUGAUCAAUUUGGUUUUAAAUUUAAGAAAGAAUCUUUCUGA